AUGGCCGAGGGAGAGGACGAUUUCUCUUCCUUGCCGUUACCCGAACGCUUCGCACACAAGAACUGGAAAGUUCGAAAAGGGGGAUACGAAGAUGCUAAGGUACAAAUCGAAAAAUCACCAGACGAGUCGGAUCCAGUAUUCGCCCCGUUUCUCCAAGAUCCUGGCUUGUGGAAAGGCGCGGUCACAGAUUCCAACGUUGCAGCCCAACAAGAUGGUCUAGCGGCUUACUGUGCAUUCCUUAAAUUUGGUGGAGUGGCGGCCUGUGUUAGAACUCGAGGAUCUACAGUUGCCGGUAUUGUCGAGAAAGGCCUACCGUCUACCAGGCCCGCUGCGAAAGCUAGUGCGCUCGAGGCACUGCUCCUGUGCGUGGAACUUGAUAAGGCCGACCCAGUGAUCGAAGAAAUAAUUCCUUUGCUCUCACACAAAGUUCCCAAGGUUAUUGCCGCUACACUAGCUGGAUUGACCGCUCUGUAUCACAAUUUCGGCUGUAAGAUCGUCGACCCCAAACCAGUAUUGAAGGCCUUGCCAAAGGUUUUCGGUCAUGCCGAUAAGAACGUCCGUGCGGAGGCACAGAACCUCACUGUGGAACUUUAUAGAUGGCUGAAAGAAGCCAUUAAGCCCCUCUUUUGGGGUGAAUUGAAGCCAGUCCAACAGCAAGAUCUCGAGAAGCUUUUUGAGACAGUAAAACAAGAACCAGCCCCGAAGCAAGAAAGACUUACACGCGCCCAACAAGAUGCCAUGGCUACAGCAAGUGCUGUGGCAGAGAGCGGUGAAAUGGAUGGAGGAGAGGAGUAUGCUGAAGAAGAAGCCGGGGAAGUCGACGUCUUUGAUCUUGCGGAACCCGUCGAUGUAUUUCCUAAGAUUCCUAAAGACUUCCAUGAUCAACUGGCGUCGUCAAAAUGGAAGGAUAGGAAGGAGGGUCUUGAUGCUCUAUAUACGGCCUUGAAUGUUCCGAAAAUCAAGGACGGCCCGUUUGACGAAAUUUCUAGGGUGCUGGCCAAGUGCAUGAAAGAUGCUAACAUCUCAGUUGUGACCGUGGCGGCGAAUUGUAUUGAGCUUUUAGCCAAAGGUCUUCGCAGUGGAUUUGGCAAGUAUCGUUCUACCGUCAUGUCCCCGAUUAUGGAACGCUUGAAGGAGAAGAAACAAAGUGUCGCAGACGCUUUGGGCCAGGCUUUGGACGCGGUUUUUAUUGCGACUAGCUUGACAGACUGCUUAGAAGAAACUUUUGAAUUUUUGAAACACAAAAACCCACAGGUAAAGCAGGAAACUGUCAAGUUUUUGAUUCGUUGUCUUCGAACUACCAGAGAAGUCCCGUCGAAAACAGAAGUCAAGUCGAUUGCUGAUGCAGCUACCAAACUUCUCACAGAGUCUAGCGAGGUAAAUCGUGCAGGAGGCGCAGAAAUCCUUGGUACUUUGAUGAAGAUCAUGGGCGAGCGAGCAAUGAACCCCUUCCUAGAUGGCCUGGAUGAUAUCCGAAAGACAAAGAUUAAGGAAUAUUUUGAAACAGCGGAGGUGAAAGCAAAGGAUAGGCCAAAGCCUAUUGUUGGCCCACCCAAGGUCGCAUCUGCGGCUGGGAAGAAGGUUGUUGGGGGCAGGAAGCCAGCAUUAGGAUUGAAGAAAGCUCCAGCAGCAGCACCACCUCCAGCCGAAGAGCCAGCUCCUUCCCCGCCGAAGCCAUCCGCGAAAUCUAUGCCGUCCAAACUGGGCGGUCUAGGAAAGCCAGGCGGUCUUCCGGCACCAGGCUCAGGGCUGAAGCUCCAGAAAAAGCUCGGCGGACCGGGGGGGCUGGCAUCUCCCCAGAGACGGGUUAUUUCACCGCCGUCCGAAGAACAGCCACAACAUGCCCCUGUAUCAAAGUUUGGACUUGGACGAGGCCUUGCAGGCCGCCCCAUCGCCAAGCCAGCCAGUGAACCACCAGCACCAGCGCCUGCCCCUGCCCCUGCUCUCAGCGGCAUCUCAGCUAUUGAAAGGGCAGAAUUGGACGAACUUAGAGCCGAAAAAGAGCGAUUUAUCCGAAUGAUCGAGGACUUGAAGUCCGACAGAUCCAGGCUUAACUCACAAGUGACAGAGCUUCAAAACCAGAAUGCACAACUCAUUGAAGACCAUACAAGAGAUGUCCUAAGCAUUAAGGCCAAAGAGACCCAGCUGGUCAGAGCUCGGAGUGACGCAGAGUCAGCAGAGCAAACAGUUCAGAAGCAACAGCGCGAGAUCGACCGUCUCAAGCGUGAACUCACUAGAGCUCUCCGCUCUGGUGCAAUGAGCCCACCCAAUGCUAUCACCGAUCAAUUUAAUAUGCCGAUUCCCGAGGCCGCAUCUAUCUACCAAGAUCCCGGCAGCAAUGGCCAUGGCGCUAUUUCGCGAAGUGGGCUUCAUUUGGGAUCCCGGUUCGAGAGCACACGGCCCCGUAGCUAUGCUUCGGCAAGCCCUAGCGAAGAGAAAGAGAACAAUGGACUCGAAUCCCCAGGACUGGGUGGCAGAGAGGGAGGACUGGGCCGUCGGAAGUUCAGCCCAACAUUUGGGACUGCCUAUUCUGGGUUGGGCAGCCCAACACGGUCCUCGAUCAUAGGAUCCGGUAGUGCCUCUGGAGAAGACCAGCCCGCAAGAAGUACCGAGCCAGCGGAGAAUUGGAAGAGAGCAGCUGAAGUGACCAGCCAGUUAAAGGCACGAAUCGAACAGAUGAAGGCUAGACAAGGACUUACACGACCACCCGCACAGCGCUAA